UACAACGCCUUUCUUUUCUGACUUCACCAGCAUCUCCAAGAGGGAUUCCACUUUAGCGAGCAACAGUUACGCCAGAUCUAUCACAAACUACUGCCGCCGCUGCUUCACAUCUGAGGAAGACAUCGUUUCGCAGAUAAAAUUGAUGGUCGCCAUGGGAACAUGCAUGAGUACUAGUGGGGAGGAGUCGGAGCAGAGGAAGCGGAGUAACAAGAUUGAUAAGGAGCUCGAGGAGGACUCAAAAAGGUUGCGGAAGGAAUGCAAGAUCUUAUUGCUCGGCUCGGGCGAGAGUGGAAAGUCAACGAUCGUGAAGCAGAUGAAAAUCAUCCACCUAAAGGGCUACUCACAAGAUGAGCUCGCUAGCUACCGCCCGACUGUGUACAAAAACCUACUCGAGUGUGCAAAGGCGCUCUGCGGCGCCAUGCGACAGUUCGAGAUCGAGCCAGUGCUGGAAGAAAACAAGGAGUACUGCGACUUCCUCCUCGAUUACUCGCUUGACGCAAACCCACAGUCCAGGAUCGACCCAAAAGUGGGCGUUGCCGUCCAAUCAGUGUGGAACGAUCCAGCCAGGGAACAGCUCAUGGAGAGGCAAACCGAGUUCUACCUCAUGGACUCGGCCGAAUACUUCUUCCAAGAGGCGCAUAGGAUCGUGUCGCCGAACUACCUCCCGGUCGAAAUGGACGUGCUACGAGCACGAACCAAAACAACCGGUAUCUAUGAGACAAGGUUCAAGAUGGGGCAAUUAAGCAUUCACAUGUUCGAUGUCGGCGGGCAACGGAGCGAACGCAAGAAGUGGAUUCACUGCUUCGAGAACGUGACAUCUAUCAUCUUCUGCGUUGCCCUGAGCGAGUACGACCAGGUACUACUCGAAGAGAGCAGCCAGAAUCGCAUGAUGGAGAGUCUGUUGUUGUUCGACUCGGUCGUAAACUCUCGGUGGUUCAUGAGGACAAGUAUCAUCUUGUUUCUCAAUAAAGUGGACAUCUUCAAGCAGAAGCUCGGACGCUCGCCGUUGGGAAACUACUUCCCAGACUAUUCUGGCGGGAACGACGUCAACAAGGCGGCCAAAUACCUCCUCUGGAGGUUCAACCAAGUUAACCGAGCGCAUCUGAACCUCUAUCCACAUCUGACGCAAGCCACCGACACAUCCAACAUUCGCCUCGUGUUCGCGGCAGUAAAGGAGACCAUCUUGAACAACGCCCUCAAGGACUCAGGCAUUCUCUGACAAAUAAUGCAAUAUACCCAAGUUCAUUUAUUCGAUACUCCCCGCCCCCAAACCUCCUCCUCCUCCUCCUCCUCCUCCUCUUCUUCUUCUUCUUACCGACGACCCCCCCGCCCCCCAACCUAAUCUCGAAUUGGGAAACUACGGAACCUACAUUCUAGCGGCCUUCUUUUACCUGUCUGGAGCGAUUUUGGGAGCUGGUGAUA